GGUGCUCGCAUUCGAUUCUGUCGCCAUCUUGGACACAGUGGAGCUUUUCCAUCGAGCGAGCGGGCUCACCGAGCCGGCACCGCCAUCGCGAACAGCAACCGCGUUCGACAAUUGGCGUUCGGAGUAUAUAAUAUUACAAAUUUCGCUUCGGAAUCUUGGGGAUCGGAAGCCGGAAGGCAAUAACAUUCUGCUUUUUGAAGACAGAUUCCAGAUCCGCUGCCCUUUUGUGGGCAAAUUGGCAAUUUUUAUUUCGGGAUGCGUUCCGGGUAGAGCGAAAUGGUCACGGACGCAGACUUCGGUCAGCUUCUGCUCGCGCGAGUCUACCAAUUUUAGCGCCUGUAGAUAGUGUACCGUCCGUCGCUUUACUUUCGGCGAAUUUGUUUUGUUUAAGAAUGAGAGCCGCAGUUGGAUCUUUGGUUCUCUCAUGAACAGCGCAGAUGGCACCUCUUUCGGCGUGAGCCGGUGAAUGACCGCGCUCGUGGACAUUGCCUGGGUCUCUGGGAACCUGUCGAAUUUCCGGAGACUCUAUAUAGCGGAGCAGAUCCAUGGAAUAAUGUUCCGGAAUCUUGUUUUUCCCCUGGUUCCUGCCGAGAUGGGCCAGACCUUUUAGCGACGGGAUUUGUGUUUUCUGAACUGUCCCUUUUGGCCCGUUUCUGGGGCUUGAAUCCACCGGACGGUGGUAGUAAUCACAUGAAUCAGUUGUGCUUCCUCGCCGCGCCGCUUUGAUUUAGUUUUAUCCUUUCAAAUCGUGUGGAAAGGGGCGGUUCCAGUACCUUCGUUGCUUUUUGAUGUGCAUCGAAGGUUUUGUACAAUGGAUGCCCUAUGCCGGUUGCCGCAGCAUGUAAUGGGGAGCAGAUUCGGUGCUACAAACAAUCAAGCGGCUGGUUCUGGACCACUUUCACUUUGAAGAUGGAUGAUGCAUGAGCGAGCCAACUCAUGUUCUGAGAUCAGGCUUUCUUCCAGUCUGCGGUUCAUGAGUCAGCGGCUGCAACUUGGCUGACCAACGCCAUUCGUUAAUUACAGGGGGAGCUAUACGGAAAAAUGCCCUGGUUGAAAGCGAUUCAUUCAUGAAUGUGUAUUUCAAGCAUAUCGGACGAGCCAUUGGGUGGUAACACAGGGCAUCACAAAGAAACGUAGAUACCUUAUGGCGGUAUAUAGAAGGCGCGGCUGCUUUUUGAAGAGGUCUCGGUCAAGGUUCUAGAAAGUUAGUACCUGUUUUGCAAGCCCAGUGAUAUACUAGCAAGGGAGCAGAUGGAUCAGUACAGCAGGUUGGGCUAAGCUAAUCUAAACGUCAUUGGGUUUCUCCAGAGUGAGAAGCAGAAGAAAUCUGAAAUUAAAAUCAUCUGUUCGACUGAUUGAAGGAGCUCGUGAGGAGCCAUGGGGUUCAGGAGGUUCUUGUCACUGCCUGUUGCUGUAGUACUUGUAUUGAUAGGCUUUGUGUAUCACACUGUGGUUUUUCUCGUCAUCGAACCUUGGUUGAGUCUGAGUACAGCUCCUGGACUAUUCAAUGCUCUUUUCUUCACGGGUCUGGGAGUUAUGGCGGUGCUUUGUUACGUUAUUGCGGUAUUGAAAGAUCCAGGUCGAAUACCUUUAUCGUACAUGCCAGAUCUUGAAGAUUCUGGAGUUGCUUUACACGAAGUAAAGAGGAAGGGUGGAGAUUUGAGAUACUGUCAGAAAUGUGCCCAUUACAAACCACCAAGGGCACAUCACUGUAGAGUUUGCAAGCGGUGCGUCCUGCGCAUGGACCACCACUGUGUCUGGAUCAACAAUUGUGUGGGACAUAACAACUACAAGGCGUUUUUCUUGUUUGUCUUGUAUGUGGUUGCGGCCUGUAUCCAUGCAUUGAUCCUUCUUGGAGGGCAAGCCAUUCAGGAACUUGGUGCUGACUCUGAGAUGCAAAAUACCGAUGCUCUCCCAAAAGGAAUGCCUGUGAGCUCAUCCCUCGCAUUCUCUGCUAUUGUCAAGGUGGUUUGCGCUGUGGUGUUGGUACCUUUGCUGGUCGCUGUAACUGUUCUUUUGGCUUGGCAUGUUUACCUCCUUCUGCACAACAAAACCACUAUCGAGUAUCAUGAAGGAGUAAGAGCUCGUUGGCUUGCUGAAAAGGCCGGUCACCACUACAGACACCCAUAUGACCUAGGUGUUGUCUCAAAUAUUGUUACGUUGUUGGGACCGUCUGCAACUUUCUGGUUCAUACCUACAGCAACAGGCCAUGUAGGUUCAGGUUUGCAGUUCCGUACUUUUUAUGACCAGGCAGAUCCACGUUCAAGUAGAUAACUCGUAUUGAUUCUGUGCUUAUCCACAUGUUUUUGGAUGGCAAUUGGAGCCGGCAAAUUGCUCGCUGCAAAUCCUACCGCAUUUUAUAACGGAGGUCCUUGAUCAUUUUCAGCUCUCUUGUCUUCGUAAAGGGAAGAAUAGUGUCGUAAGACAAGUAGUAGGCUUACUAGAAUGAUUCAAAAGAAUGAAUCAACGACAAAGCACCAACUUGCCCUAGCAUCUUUUGUUCAAUAGGCACUGGCUUACCUUACCUGUUACUACGGGUAUGGAAUCUGAGUUUAAACCUCUGAAAGGAGAGGUUUGACGGAAUGAAGUGUUUGAAAAGGUCGAUGCUUACGGUAGGGAAGACAAAUUUUGGGAGGACAAGUAGUUGACACAGUAGUGAAGUACAAGGUCAAAUUGAUCAGGAUCACCCCGUUCAAAAAUUUAUCUGCUGCUUUUUAGUUGAUCUUGUCCAUUACUUAGUGCCUGGGGUGAUCUCAGAUGUACAAACCGUAACCGUCACGCUGAAAGGAAAUACUGGGUCAGAAUAAGAGCAGGAGACGACUACAUGCUCUCCUUAUAUUUGUGGCGAUCUACCCAGACGGUUGGACUCCUGAGGAUAGUUGCUGAUCUCAUUAGAUGCCACAUGUAUCCAUUUUCUGGGCGAAAAGUCUGGUUCCUCUGGUGCCUGAUCCGUGCCUGAUCUGAAAAGAACUGGGAUAGUUUUCAGGCUUCAAGUUCGGUCUGUUUGUGCUUAGUGCUACUAUGUGGUGGUCAGCGGGAUAUGCGUAUCUUGCUCGGGUUUUGAAGAAGAUGAAGCACGCAUGGUAAACGUUAACUGUCGCUUUUUUGGAGUCUGAAGCGCCACUAGGAUUCUUCAAGAGAAUUGCCGGAGGAGAAUGUGAGAGUUCUUCGGCCUGCAUUGCACUCCCCAAGAUGUUACCCAAGGACUGGUGCCAAGGUAAAUAUCUGGUUCUACACUGCAUUUGUGACGAUCAAAUGGGGUGCGUGCGGCCAUUGCAGUGAUAAGCUGAAUAAUCAAAUCAAUGUACACAUUUUGGUACCACAAUUUUUUGAGCUUCAAUCAAUGACUUCCUUCUUACCUGGCACCGUACUCGGGUAUAUAUUUUCAUGAUUGGAAGAAUGCUGCUUAUGCGUGUGAGUUGCUUGAAGGCUUCUCCUCACCGUUUGAUAGAUGGAUUAUGGAACCUAUCUAUACAAGUGUCCGUGUCGGAUUUAUGCAGGCCUUGCCUCUUGUGUAUACCGAGUAAUAUUUGCCAGUGUACUAGAUCAGACGAGGAGACUACGGUUCCACCCAAAGAAAGUCUACUCGUGCGCUUCUGGUCUGUCAAAGCUUUGUCAUGCUCUUUCUGAAGAAGUGUUGUGAUUCACUGCCACUGCAUAUCUGGAACAAGUUUUGUUAUACUUGUUCAAAUAUUAGAGAGAAGAGCUGAACUCAUGUAGAAUGCUCUAAGAAAUUGACCCACCUCACUUCAGCAAAAAGAAAGUCUCCUAAAGGAAAUUUACUCGACCGAGUAUUCAAUAUUUGGAAAAGACAGGAUGACCCAUUAUAUAUAUGUAUACGAAGAUUAUGAACAUCU